AUGCAAGAUUCAAAACCAGCAACUGAUCUUCCAGCCGGGGACAACAAACAACAGCCCGAUGCUAAGAAAGCAGAUAACAAGAACCAAAUGAUGUUUGUAGUAUAUAAAUUCAAUCCGGUUUAUUUAUCAUCUUGGCAAGGUAAACAAGAUAUCUGCGCAAUUUGCAAGAGUAGUUUUAUGUCACCUUGCAGUACAUGCGAAUCAAAAGGACUUAGUGAGCCCUGCGCUGCAACAGAAGGAAAAUGCGGACAUAAAUUCCAUAAGCAUUGCAUUGACCAAUGGCUUCAGAAAAAUAAACAUUGCCCAAUGUGUAAUACAGAAUUCUUCGAACAAGAUUCUACCAAUUAA